AAGCACAGAAAGGGUGAUUGCAUAAAAAUUGUAUGUUAUAUUAAAAAAAGCUCAUAACACAUUAAAAUGUUAAUAUUAAGACUUUUCCAGAUGGUUCCACCAAGACACAUUCGUUUUACGCAUGCGCAGUGGUUUUCUCACGUUUGUCGAUUUGCGCAUGCGCUGUGCAACAUCCGGGUCUGGGUCGAGGAUGGGCGCCAGGUUUCAAGAUGGCGGCGGAGGGAGGAGGGAAGGAGGUAAACGACGUUAAAAGCCAGUUCAGCACUCGGGAAGGAGUCUACAGGCUUCUCACUCACUCCGAGUACAGCCGCCCCAACCGGAUGCCGUUUAACUCACAGGGCUCCAACCCUGUCAAGGUCUCCUUCGUCAACGUUAACGAUCAGUCCGGCAACGACGGAGAGCGGAUCUGCUUCAAUGUUGGCCGAGAGCUUUACUUUUACAUUUACAAAGGUGUCCGAAAGGCCUCUGAUCUUAGCAAGCCAAUUGACAAGAGGAUUUACAAGGGGACGCAGCCAACGUGUCAUGACUUCAACGCCCUCACAGCAACGGCAGAAAGCGUCUCCCUGUUGGUGGGCUUCUCUGCUGGUCAGGUGCAGCUCAUCGACCCAAUCAAGAAGGAAACCAGCAAGCUCUUCAAUGAGGAGAGGCUUAUCGACAAGUCCAGGGUAACGUGCGUCCGAUGGGUUCCCGAUUCCGAGAACCUGUUCCUGGUCGCUCACUGCAGCGGCACCAUGUACCUGUACAACGCAGAAAACACCUGUGGGACCACGGCGCCUCACUAUCAGCUCCUCAAACAGGGGGAGGACUACGCUGUGCACACCUGCAAGAGCAAGUCCACCCGAAACCCACUGCUGCGCUGGACGGUGGGCGAGGGGGCGCUCAACGAAUUUGCGUUCUCUCCAGAUGGAAAGUUUCUGGCAUGUGCCAGCCAGGACGGCUUCCUGAGGGUGUUUGGGUUCGACGCAGCAGAACUUCACGGAACAAUGAAGAGCUACUUUGGCGGCUUGCUGUGUGUGUGCUGGAGCCCCGAUGGGCGGUACAUUGUGGCGGGGGGCGAGGACGAUCUGGUCACCGUGUGGUCGUUCCAGGACUGCAAAGUGGUGGCGCGGGGCCACGGUCACAAAUCCUGGGUGAGCGUGGUGGCGUUUGAUCACUGCAUCACCAGCGUGGAGGACGGUGAUCCCGCCGGCGAAUUCAAGGGCAGCGAGGAAGACGUGCAUGAGCAGGAGGGAAGGGAGCGGGCAAGUAGCACGCACUCCCUGCUCUCGCAGACAAACUCUACAGAUCAUCCCAUAAGCGCCACUUACAGGUUUGGCUCUGUGGGACAGGACACUCACCUGUGUCUGUGGGAUCUGACGGAGGACGUUCUCUUUCCCCACCUCCCUUUGUCACGCACCAGGACGCACACGAACAUCAUGAAGUCCACAAGUCUCGCAGGAAGCGGGCAAACAAACACUACUUUAUCCAAAGCUAAGGAUAAUGGAAGCAAUAGUACAAGCACUGAAAACCCAGCUAAUUGCCUUCCCAACUCGCUACCUCGGUCCCACAGCUUAUCGCACUCAGAAGACGGCACUCCCAACAGUCACCGAAGCAGCAACCCCACCACCAAAGGCAGCAGCAUCAUGGACGGCUCCUUCAUCGCCUCCAGCGUCAGCCGGUUUGCAACGCUGUCCUUCGACUCUCGCAAGGAACGCCGUGACAAGGAGCACCAGCGGAACCACAGCAUGGGCUACGUCAGCAUCAAGAGCGGCGACAAGAUCAGCCAAAGCGCCUCCACCCGCACCACCAAAUCCCAGCCGGCCAAUACGCUGGGAACCACGCUGUGCCCUCACAUGAAAGAGGUGCCCCUCCUGGAGCCUCUGGUGUGCAAGAAGAUCGCCCACGAGAGACUUACUGUGCUAAUCUUUCUGGAGGACUGUCUGGUAACAGCGUGCCAGGAGGGCUUCGUGUGCACGUGGGCGCGGCCGGGCAAAAUGGAACUGCUCUCAUCUCAGAACAACCCGGCCAGCUCCCCCGGCGGGACAGUGGUUUAGUCCAGUUUCUGUCACCGUGGGCUGCUGUUGUUCUGGGUGUUGGAGGAAACACUAACAUUUGGAAAUACAAACACUUUCAGGCAGGGGGUGGGGGCGGGGGCGGGGGUGGUCUCUCUGAGGGAACGUCCCACCUUGAGAUUAAAAAUGAACCCUCCCUCCCUUCCUAAAAACGAACAACUCUUCUUUUUCUGCAGGCGGCUCCACAAACUUCAGCUGCAGUGACACUUUACUAGUUUUCUUAGAAAUCUCAAAGUCCAUCUUUAAGGUGGAGUUUUGCACAACUUCCGCGUCUUGGCGUUGGGGUCGUGCGAUCACUGAUGUGGGGGUUCAGAUGCCUGUUGGGUCGUUCCGGCUUCGUGCUAAGUGAUGCAAUCAGAGUUUUUACUUAGUUUGCACUUAAAAAGAAAAUGUUAAGGAGAAUAGCUCCCUUCUUUUGUGAGGACUCUUUGACACGGACAAACACAUCUUUGUACCUGUUGAACCUUUAUUUUAUGAUUGUUUGAGAGGAUGUUUGUAAAUACUGUAAAUGAUUUAUGGGGAGAUGAUCUUUAUCGGAGUAGUUUUCAGAUCUUUGUGUGAGAAAAUAGGAAUAUUUCUAACAGGUAAAGUAAUAUUUAAAGGACUCUUGAGUAUGCAAGUGAGCAUGUCUGUUUCUGAUGUGCAGAGAGAGACUUCAGGUGUAUUUUUCUUAAGAAAAGCUUCAGUGAGUGCUUGCUUGGACAUCAACCACCUCUCCCAGCUCAGGUGAUUCUAGUGUAACUCCACCUCCUCUUACCUGAAGGCUCUCAUCCAUCAACAUACUUGGGAGUUCUCCUCAAACCCGGCGUGCUCUGCAGGCAGGCCUGCUGAAUUCUGCUCUGCAGAAUGUCGCCCCCUGCUGGCAAUGAACCUGUAAACCUAGCAGCCACAUAGGAAAAAGCCUUUACCCUCAUCGGAUGCCUAUUAAAAGAUUUCUUUUCUUUUUUUUACCAGCA